AUGGCGUCGCCGUCUCUUUUUACCCGCCACCCUUUCAAGUUUCUCUUCACAGUAUAUUACCUCUCAACUUUGCCACUGCGCGUCCUGGUUGCUGCCCUUUACUACCUUCCACCAUCGAACCGAUCCGGCCGAACUUACCGCCUGGCAUUGACGACGAGGCUGAUGAGAUUCUGGUUUUAUUUUGCGACUGCAGUAGAAUUCCAGCUUCCCAAAACGCUUGAACCAGGCGCAGACAAGGCGCGCUUUGUGUUCAUCGAUCCAGAGAAGAUCGAGCACCGUUACUCCUCCCCUUACGUCAGUGUCCUCGCUAGCAACCCAGCCAUCAACCCGGCCCCGAUUGCUGGCUUCUGGUAUGAAGCUCCGCCACCGGUAGGCAAGACGCCCAGGCUGGUUGUCCUCCAUUUCCAUGGCGGCGCAUUCGUGCUCGGGGGCGCUCGCCCCGCAGACGCAUUCUGCUCAGGUCCCAUUGCAUUGAGCAAGGACCUGGACUGCCCGGUCCUGAUGCCCCAGUACCGACUGUCGAAUUCACGUGAUCGCACUACGUGCUUCCCUGCCGCUCUCCAGGACGCGGUCACGGCUUACACAUAUCUCCUGUACACGCUUGACGUGGCCCCCGAGAACAUCGUGCUCUCGGGGGAUUCAGCAGGCGGGAAUCUGGUCAUUGCAUUUCUACGAUACAUCAAGAACGAGGCUGCAGAUCAUCACCUCCCGCUUCCGCGCGCGGUCCUACUCUGGAGCCCCUGGGUUGAUCUCGGCACCCCAGGAAGCAGCCAAUACGACCGUCACCGCAACGUCUCAACCGACUUUCUCUUUGACGCGUUGGGUGACUGGGGCGUACGCUGUUACAUUCCAGACGGGUGGAAUAGGGAGCACCCAUUCUAUCCAUACAUCAGCCCACUGGGACAGGAGUUUCAGAUGGAGGUGCCGAUCUUUAUCCAGACCGGGCGUGCGGAGGUGUUGUAUGAUUCCCACGUUGAGUUUAUGACUAAUCUGAAAAAGAGAGGGUGUAGGGUUGAGUUUGUGGAGAUUGAUAAUGCGCCGCAUGAUACUUUUGUUGCAGCUGAUUUAUUUGGGAUUCGGGAGCAGGAAGGGGCGAUUGAUCGAGCUGCAAAAAUGGUCAUUGAGGCGGGGACACCUCCUUAG